UUUAUUUCGUAUUUAAUUGACAAAACAUUCUGUGAUUUUUAUGUGUCCAGUUCGGUCCACGUUGUUCGAUUUUUCGUGCCUACUUUAACUACAAUUUGGUCAGACUCGUUUCACUAACCUCUUAUUAUUAGUUAUUAAUUUAGAUCAAGGCUAUCAUCGACAAAUAAAACAUUUACAUGUCACCUAAAUAUUAAACGUCACCGUGACGUUUUUGUAACAUCGAUUCAAAAUGAUGUUUUACUUCACUUCUAAACAGUAAUUACCAAAAAUUUCUUAACUCGGGACGAUGCCACAACCGAAGGAAAAAAUUUUCGAAAUUGACGAACACAUUUCGAAGCGCUUCGACAUCCAGAAGAGGCUGGGCAAAGGGGCGUAUGGUAUUGUAUGGAAAGCUAUAGAUAGGAGGACUAAAGACGUUGUGGCUGUGAAGAAAAUUUUUGAUGCCUUUCGUAAUCAGACGGACGCUCAAAGGACGUUCAGAGAAAUUAUGUUUCUGCAGUCGCUGAAGAACCAUCCGAAUAUUGUUAAACUGUUUAGCAUACACAGAGCUGCCAACAACAACGACAUUUACCUCGGUUUUGAAUACAUGGAAACAGAUCUACACAACGUAAUUAAAAAAGGAAUCCUCAAAGACAUCCACAAAAAGUACAUAAUGUACCAACUCUUCAAAGCCGUGAAAUACAUCCAUUCAGGAAACGUGAUUCACAGAGAUUUAAAACCAAGCAAUGUCCUUCUAGAUAUCAUGUGCAGAUGCAAGAUCGCCGAUUUUGGUCUCGCACGUUCCUUAAGUCAAAGUUCCGAUGGUACCUUUAGUGAGACUGAUCCAACAUUAACCGACUACGUAGCAACACGGUGGUACCGAGCACCUGAAAUCCUCAUAGCGAAUAGACGAUACACCAAAGGCAUCGACAUGUGGAGCUUGGGCUGUAUUUUAGCGGAAAUAACAGCCGGGAAACCCGUUUUUCCCGGAUCUUCAACGGUAAAUCAAGUGGAGAAGAUCAUGGCGACUAUUUCUACACCAUCGCAAGAAGACAUCAACGCGGUUUGUGUAUCAGGAGUAGGCACAUCCAUGAUCAAAAACGCCUCUUCUGUGGAAAAAAUCCCUCUCCACACCCUCCUAGGAAAAAACGCUUGCAAAUCAGUCAUCUCUCUCAUCAACAAGUUGCUGAUUUUCAACCCUAACAAAAGACUGACUGCUGAGGAAGCUCUGGAGCAUGAUUACGUGUCAGCGUUUCAUGAUCCAGAUCAAGAAAUCGUUUUAGCGCGUGAUAUUGUUAUACCAUUCAAAGACAACGUUCGCUUAUCAGUAGAAGACUACCGAAACAAACUCUACGAAAUCAUGUCGACCCAUCACGGUAGAAGUAGCAAAGGUACUUGUAAGACGAAAACUCUAACACCGGAACUUCCGCCUAGAAUUACUAGAAACUACGUCAAACCGUCCCAGCUCAAGGACCCAAAAUCUUCUGGAACGCAAUCGGAGCCCAAAAUUAACUACAGCAGGCCUAACCACGUGGUGGCCAUAAUCAAAUCCGACUCCAAGGUGGCUGCUAAGCAGAAUCUGCAGUUUUCUAAGGGGAUGAAUGGUAGCAGGGUGCAUGUGAACGAGAAGCAACAGCUGAGGGAGAACGGGAGGAAGAGGUUUUCGAAUGUGAAGAGUGGGUAUUCGACUUUUAAUAGUUACAGCCAGUCGCAUGGGAUCAUAAGUCAGAGUACUCUGAUGGAACUGAAGGCGUCUGGUAUGCGGUAGCAGUUUGGAAUACAAGAGGAGUUUGAAUUUUAACACUUUUACACAGUAUUAUUUACCGAUCACUUUUUGAUC